CACAUCUGGUUCAGGAAAGAAGUUGUGUAGAACCAACAGAGAUCACCUUGAACCUGGAACAAGCCGGAUUGGAGCUGGGCCUUGAAGCUGAGGAGGCACCUGUAGAGAUCAAGAAGGUCCCUCCCGGUUGUCUCUACCCCCUCCCACCUCAUGGUCUUUCUUCUUUCCUUCCUCUUCCCUCCCCUCACUGCUCCAACACGUAUCAUCUGGUUGUCAGAGUUUACUUCCUGGAAGUAGCCCCAGAUAUUUCUGCAACCCCCCAGUUGUUGGUAAGUCUCAGAAACCAGCAGAGCACUCCAAUCUACCGACUACUGCACCAACGGAGCUCAAGAUCCAUGGAGAGUCACCAGGACUUUCAGAAUCUUAAAGCUAAGUUCCAGGACCUGCAGACUGGUUUUAGUGAGGUACCCAAGAAGCCACCAUUACCCAAGGGCUCUCAAGUGCCAUGUCUGGCUCGUGUGCAUACUGUUUCUGAGAGUUCAUCUCCUUCUGGGGCUUCUGCAACUAACCACAAAGGCCCUCCAUGGCAAGGACAAGGGGCCCCACCUAGUACGUGGCACCCUAAUUUAGGAAGAGGCCCUCAAGCCAGAACCAGGACCAGGGAGACUUCCAGAGACCAGCAGCCACCAUGGAGAAUUGCAGGAAAUGUUGGAAAGAAGGCAUCCUCACCUCCAAACCCCAUCCCCUUGAGUUCUUCAAGGACUCCUAGGAAGGAGCCGGCCCCAAGUGUCCCCCGCAGGAAACCUCUGCCCCCUCUGAAGACUCUUGGUCCCCAGCCUCCCAAGCCCCCCCUCCCACCAGGUAUCCUGAACUUAGAACAAUUCAGGAGGAAAGCAAUCAUACACAAAAGACCUACAGGCAAGAAAACCAUCUUGAAUAAGGCGACCCAAGUGACAGCGCUUCAGAAGCCAGGAUCCUUUUCCAGUAGUAGCCGGCUGGGCCCCCCAGUCCCUCCCAUUCCACAGGAUCCAGAUGAGAUCUAUGAUGAUGUGGAGCCAAACCCUUGUCCACCAGGCCCCAAGAGGAGAGAUAAUCUACUGGCUGCAGAGAGAACUCUAAAAGAUUUCCAACAAGCUGGCCGGCAACUGUGGAAUAGUUGGAAACCUGCAGAAGAGGCUAACACAGAGGAAAUCUCUAACCCCCUGAAGCAGUACAAGAAAGAAGAAAAAGCAGAAAGGGAAUUCAGGAAGAAAUUUAAGUUUGAAGGUGACAUUGUGACCUUGACAAGGAUGAUGAUUGACCCUAAUGCCAAAACCCGUCGUGGAGGUGGUAGAAACUUGGCUAUCAGACGUGGGGAGAUCAUGGAUGUAAUCCAAUUCACCAGCAAAGAACAGAUUCUAUGCAGAGAUGUCAGUGGAAAAUAUGGUUUCAUCCCUAGAAGAGCUCUGCUCCCCCUGGAGACAGAAGUAUAUGACGACGUUAGUUUCUAAGUCACUGUUGCUGUGAAGAAUGGGUGUAAGUGUGAAAGGCAAGAGGCGUGUCUAAAAAUUCGAUGCCCAAAUUCUAGAUACUGACAGUGAAAAGUAGUGAGUCUAGUCACCACAAGGGGGAGAGAUGAAAGAUGGGAGUCCUAGCAGGAAACCUUCAAAAAGUUGAUGGCAACGAUAAUAAUCAGAACCUCUAUUUACCUCUUUAAUGAUCUAAAUGAUCUAACAAUCCCAGCCAGCUCCAAGUACACUAUGAAUUACAAAUCAUUCAAUAUCAAAGACAGAGAUUCAGAAUAUAACGAACACUUCUAACAGACUUCACAACAAGGUUAAGAGGCUUUCAGUAACUGGUAUUUAUUAUCAAAGUCGUAAUGUCAACAAGAUGCCACAACUACAAAAAAAAUUGCAUACAUUGCAAUCUCAAUGCAAACAGUCAAAUGGAAUCCCAGUCAUUAAAAAAGUAAUUAAAAUCACCCCAGAAAGCAACUGAAUUUUAACAUCUUUAUACAUCCAGCCAACAAAUUAAAAUGGUUAACAAGAAAACAAAAUACAAAUUUGGAAGUCUGGUA